AUGACUGAGUUGGAGGGCACAGAGAUCAUUCAGUUUACGCCUCUCUGCUUCUCCAGAGAAGGAAGCCAGCUAAGGUCUGCAAAGAAAGGUGGAGAGAAAAAGAAAGGAUGCUCUGCCAUCAAUGAGGUGGUGACCAGAGAAUACACCAUCAACAUUCACAAGCGGAUUCAUGGAGUAGGCUUCAAAAAGCGAGCUCCUCGUGCUCUCAAGGAAAUCCGCAAAUAUGCCAUGAAAGAAAUGGGAACUCCAGAUGUACGCAUUGACACCAGACUCAACAAAGCUGUUUGGGCCAAAGGAAUAAGAAAUGUUCCGUACUGUAUCCGAGUGCAUUUGUCCAGGAAAUGCAAUGAGGAUGAAGAUUCACCAAACAAGCUGUAUACCUUGGUUACUUAUGUGCCUGUCACCACUUUCAAAAGCUUAUAG